UUGGCUUCUGCAAUGGACAAUGUUUCCAAGUCUAUCUAAAACAACUUUAUAGAUGGCAGCCUUAAAGUUUUUGCCUCUAUUCCUAGUUGUAUCAUCUUUAAUAAUAGGAGUCUCUAAGGGUCAGAGUACAAUACCAGUUGUGCCUGGUCUUUCAUACACAUUUUAUUCAUCUAGUUGUCCUGGUUUGGAUUUCAUUAUUAGAGAUCAUCUUUGGAAGGUUUUUCAAAGUGAUAUAACCCAAGCUGCUGGUUUGCUCCGCCUUCACUUCCAUGAUUGCUUCGUUCAGGGAUGUGAUGGUUCAGUGUUGUUGGAUGGAUCAGCUAGUGGUCCAAGUGAGAAGGAUGCACCUCCAAACUUGACGCUUAGGGCUCAGGCAUUUAAAAUUAUAAACGAUCUUCGUGCCCUUGUGCAUCAACAAUGUGGACGGGUUGUCUCUUGUGCUGAUAUCACCGCCCUUGCUGCUCGUGAAUCCGUAUUUCAGUCAGGUGGACCAUUCUACUGGAUUCCCUUAGGAAGAAGGGAUGGCCUAAAAUUUGCUACACUAAACGAAACACUAGCCAAUCUACCACCCCCCUCUUUCAACACUGACCAACUCCUCAACUCCCUAUCCAACAAAAACUUGAACGCCACGGACCUCGUGGCCCUCUCCGGAGGCCACACCAUCGGGCGCAGCCAUUGCUCCUCCUUCACCGAUAGACUCUACCCUCAAGACCCUACCAUGGACCAAACCUUCGCUAAAAACCUUAAACUCACGUGUCCAACAAAGACGACUGAUAACACUACGAAUUUGGACAUUCGUACUCCUAAUGUCUUUGACAAUAAGUAUUAUGUCGACCUAAUGAAUCGUCAAGGCUUGUUCACUUCCGAUCAAGAUUUAUAUGCUAAUUCAAAAACGAGAGAUAUUGUUACAAGUUUUGCCAUCAACCAAAACUUGUUCUUUCAAAAGUUUAUAGAUGCAAUGGUUAAAAUGGGACAACUUCAUGUAUUGACGGGAUCACAAGGGGAAAUUCGUGCUAAUUGUUCAGCAAGAAAUGCUAAUAAGUAUGAUGAGGACAUCAAAUCUGUGGUGGAAGUUGAUCAAGAACAAGGAAAAUUGUCACAAUUUUAAGGAACAAACAUUGUACUAAAACUUCAAGUAGAUAUGUAUGUUUGACUAGCCUCCUACACGUAAGUGUCGAUGUUUUGAUGUGUGUGUUUAGUAUGUUAUCUUAUAAUAAGGUGAGGUGUGAUGUCAAUGAACUUGUUUGGAGCGUUUUUCUUGACUUCUUGUAUCAUUGGGUACAAAUUGAAUGGUUUCUGCCUACGUUUUCUUUUGAAAAAAA